AUGCACAUGGAUAGGCCCGAAGUAUCGAUUAUAGUAGCAGCACUAUUGCCGAGCCAUGGAAUUGGUAAUAGAGGAAAACUUCCUUGGAGAUUGAAGAAGGAGAUGAAAUACUUUAGAGAGGUGACUACUAAAACGCACGAUCCGUUAAAGAAGAACAUGGUAGUUAUGGGCCGAAACACGUAUGAAUCGAUCCCCGUUAAGUUCCGACCUCUAAAAGGCCGUGUCAACGUGGUGUUGUCACGCGACUUGGAUAGCUAUAGAAAAAAAAUGGAGCAGGAAGUGGCAGCUAACGGCUCCAUGCUACAAUUGGCUGGGUCCUUGGACCAGGCAUUACUAUUUGUAGAUCCUACCAAAAUAGAAGAGAUCUUCAUCAUUGGAGGAGCACAGCUUUAUAAAACGGCGUUGGAUAAGGCCUCUCAUAUGGUUGAUCGGAUUCUUCUUACAGAAAUCACAAGUCUGGAGCAGUUGCAAUUGGAUACUUUUCUCGCUCUGGAUUCUACUCAAUGGGAGAAGCGGUUUGAGACAGAAUUGAGCAGCUAUCUAGUAAGUAAAGGUUUAGCUGACGAAUUUCAACUUACAGGAAACCAUGAGGGCAACUUCCAGUACGAUUUUACUCUGUGGAAAAGAAAGACGUGA